UUGUCAUUCGUCUGAUCAGCGGACCGCGAGGAACUGGGACCGACGCAAGGGAAAGUGUGGGCCUGGCGGGGGCCUGGCGGGAACCUGGCGGAGGCCUGGCGGGGGCAGCGCGGCCUCUGGUGAUAAGGAAAGCGGCGGAAGCAAGGCCAGGUCCAGGCGACAGAGGAAGAGGCAGCGCGGGGCGGGGCUGGGCGGUGCGAACCGAUCCAGGGCGGAGCCGCCGCCGGGAGGGAAGGCCAGGACAGUCGCGGUCAGGGACGCGCAGUGGGUGGCAGUCAAGGCAGCGCGCGAGGUCCCCCGCAGGUCCUGCCGGCAGCAGCAGGGCUUAGCUUAGCAGGGCUCAGCAGUGCAGCCAUGAACCAGUCGCUGGCCUUCGCGGGGCCGACCCCGGCCGUGCUCACCACAGUGCCGACGGUGCCGCUCGGCGCCGACCUGCUCGGUCCGGGGCGCGGCCUCGGGCCGACGCCGUGCACCUCGUCGUGUGAGUGCCCCUACUCCGACUCCACGUUCCUGCGCGGCGUGUGCGGCCCGUCGCUGGCCAUCUUCCUGGGCAUCAUCGAGAUGGUGCUGAGGGACAGCUGCGACGUGGCCGAGCCCUGCCGACGCGCACGGGCCGACGCAUUCGCGCGGCGCGGCCACCAGGCCUUCGACUACAUCGUCGUGGGCGCGGGCGUCGCCGGCUCCGUGGUAGCGUCACGGCUGAGCGAGGACAAGGGGGUGUCGGUGCUGCUGCUGGAGGCCGGGCCCGAGGAGCCGCUGGCCACGCUGGUGCCCGCGUUCGCCGUCAAGAGCGUGGGCACCUACCUGGACUGGGGCUUCGCGACGGAGGGCGAGAAGCGCGCGUGCUGGAGCACGGGCGGCCGCUGCCCGUGGCCGCGCGGCAAGAUGGUGGCGGGCACGGGCGGCAUGCAGGGCAUGAUGUACAUGCGCGGCCACCCCGUCAUCUACGACACGUGGGAGCGCCAGGGCAACCCGGGCUGGGGCUACCGGGACGUGCUGCCCUACUUCAAGAAGGCCGAGGGCAACCGCGAGAUGCACCUGGUGGAGCCCGGCUUCCACUCCGACAAGGGCCCGCUGGCCGUGCAGCGCUUCCCGCACCGGCCGCAGCUCGCCGAGGACUUGGUGCGCGCCGGCAACGAGCUGCUCGGCUACGAGUCGCCGCCGGACCUCAACGGCGGCAACCAGACCGGCUUCACCAUCGCGCAGAUGAUGGUGUACAAGGGACUACGGGGCUCCACCGCCCGCAUGUACCUGAGGCCCUCCAUGGGGAGGCCGAACCUUGUCGUCAACACCGAGGCCCUCGUCAGCAAGGUGGUCAUCGACGCGGAGCGCGGCAGGGCCACCGGCGUGGAGUUCAUCGACAAGAACGGCGUGAAGCAGACGGUACGCGCCAAACGCGAGGUGGUGGUCUGCGCGGGGGCGGUGGGGUCACCGCAGCUGCUGCUCCUCUCCGGCCUCGGCCCCACCGAGGAGCUCGAGGCCGUGGGCGUGACCCCUGUCGCCGACCUUCCCGUCGGGCGCAACCUGCACAACCACGUGGCCGCCACCAUCCACUACGUCGUGGACGACUUGGCCGGACGCAGCGUCGCCGACAGUGAAAGCGACGACGAGGACUACUACGAGCGGGACGACGACGAGGUCGGCCCCAUGUCCAUGGCGGCACUGCACAGGUUCCUGCAGAGGCGGUCCGGGCCGCUGGCCUCCACGGGCCUCACUCAGGUCACGGCCUUCCUGGCGUCCAAGUACGCCGAGAACCGGGUGCCCGACAUACAGAUCUUCUUCGACGGCUUCCACGCCGGCUGCCAGUCUGAGCUGCAGCCCGCCCUGCGCUGCGCCCCACCCAACGCCACGCACUCCCGCGGCGACUUCUACGACGUGCAGGUGGAGUUGGACCUGGACGCGGCGGCCCGGAGCGCGGCGCGCAGCACGCUGCGGGCGCACAAGUCCGACGUGGUGGUGGAGGGCUGCCCGAUGACGCGGCGCAUCGCUGCGCGCCCCACCGCCACGCGCACCCUGAGCAAGGGCCGCCUCAGCCUGCGCAGCGCCGACCCGCGCGACCCGCCCCUCAUCCACGGCAACUACUUCGCGCACGAGCGCGACCUGCUCGUGCUCGUCGAGGGCAUGAAGGCGGCCGCCAAGCUCGCCGAGACGAAGUCGCUGCGCAAGUGGGGCUUCAAGCUGGACGAGACCCCGGCCAAGGGCUGCCGGCACCUGCCCUUCGCGUCGGACCAGUACUGGGCGUGCGUGGCCCAGACCCACACCGGCCCCGAGCACCACCAGGCGGGGUCGUGCCGCAUGGGCCCCGCCGGCGACCCCGCCGCCGUCGUGGACCCCGAGCUGCGCGUGCACGGCGUGCCCAACCUGCGGGUCGCCGACGCGUCCAUCAUGCCGAUCGUGCCCAACUCCAACACCAUCGCGGGCAUCGUCAUGGUGGCCGAGAAGGCCAGCGACCUCAUCCGGAGCGCGUGGAAGAGGCCCAGCCUGCUGGGGGUGCUCACCGGAUGAGGCGGCGGAAGAAGAACGGGUUGGGAGAGGAGAGGCCUCCAGACCGAAACAGAAAAACGUUUCCAGGCGAUGCAAGCUGGAAACACGAAACGUUUAGGAGACGGCCGGGCCCCCUCCUUGUCUACUCUAGUCACAGGGACGCAGCAUGGCAGCGUCACCGCUUGUUACGAUGCGGGAGUCCGCUAUAUUUAUAUUUAACAUAAUUCACUGAUUAUUUAUUACUUUAUGAAACAAACAUUCGCCCUCGCAUUCGCCGCAUAGAACGAACGUGAUCUGUGGCGACAGCCCUUCACGGCAGGGUGCGGCCAAGACCUACCUGGCUCGGCCUUAGACAAGACAAGGAAACCAGAGCCGGCCGGCCGGCGCAGGGCGAGCGUUUAACAGCAAGCAGUAAGCAGUAAAGCCGCACCCUAGCCGCCCACCGUCGAUCGCGCCCUAACUGCAACUAGACUGUAUGGGGCUCAACUGGCGCGGCCUCCGACUUACCGCGAGCACCACCGCCGGGCACCAACCGGGGCGCAGAGUGAUUAAAUCAUCAAGAUCCCACAAAAGCGUCGAUGUUUUCAUUUCCUUCAGCUAUCGGCAGAUACAAGGCCUCUCCCCAGUCUUACCUCGCACGAGAGAACACGAAACGAAGUGGGAAAGAACACAACAUCCGUUCACGUAACGCAGAAAAAUGCGAGAAAUGCACAAGUCUCUACAAAUCCAUAGCACCCAGAAAACUCGUAUCAUCGAACAAGAAAAUUGUACUUGGGUUGGCAAAAGAUCGUUUUUGACCUGUUUCAAGAAAGUUGGGUUCAUAAGUAAACCCGAGAACAAGAUGAACUGCCAACAAGUGUGCCAUUCCCUUCAUAGAAGCGUUCUUUUAGGAUGAAUUAAUAUGGUGAUAAAGUUCUAAGCAAUAUUGUACCGUAUAGGAAUUAGACCAUGUAGUUUGAACGUCCAUGAUAAAGCUGUACAGUACUCAACCUCUUUAAUUACUUCGAAAAUUAAAAUUAACUGCUAUC